AUGGAGGACGGAGUCGGGACCCGCCACCCUAAAGCAUGCCUAACCUGUGCCAAGGCUAAAGUACGAUGUUUCCCGGAAACAGAUGGUCCUUGUAAACGUUGUCGUCGCCUGGGAAAAGAAUGUGGAGCUCAACUACCCGGAGCCCAUCGCCGUGAAAAGAAAUCAGCCGCAAGUGGCUCAGAUGUUGCUGCGCUUGAGGCUAAAUUAGACCGCAUGGUUGCCAUGCUGGCUGCCUCAGAACAAAAUGUCAGAGAACGAGUAGAAAGUGGCCCAGCAAGGAAAUCAUUAUCUACUUUUGAACACAACAUCGAUGAAGCCGAAGGCGAGCUGUUCAUGAAAGUGUUCUUCGAGAAAAUAUUCCCGCUCUUUCCAUUCCUCGUGAUCCCCCCGCAUGUCACCGCUGAAGAACUGCGCCGGGAGAAACCAUUCCUCUAUCUGAAUAUUUCAAUGGUCGCAUGCCAAAACGCUCUACGCCAGCGAGAAAUUGUGGAUGCAGUACAAGAACAUGUCGCCGAGCACAUUGUAAUGAGGGGAGAACGUAGCCUGGAUCUGCUCCAGGGUCUUCUCCUCAAUGUGGCUUGGUUCAUUGUAGUCAGUCGUUUCCCGCGACAUGGUGAUUAUCCCCCCAAUGUGCCCAAAGUCGAAGAGCCUCAUCAUAUUAUUCGAAGCACUGCCCAGCUCGAUACAAAUGUGCACUUACUCGUGGCGCAAUCCUUGAGCUUGGGCCUGAAUCAAGAGAUGGCUUACCAAAAAAGCCUGAACUAUCCCUUGACUUAUUUGAAGGAUACUAUAACUGAGGACCAUCAUAAUCCGGUCCGCACACUGGAAGAGAGACGCACCUACCUUGGAUGUUAUUAUCUAAUCACCAUGCUCUCGACAUGUGUGAAAGACUUGGGGUCGAUUAUUCGCUUUACAAGAUACACAGACGAAUGCUGCAACGUUCUAGAUCAGAUCGCUGAAUAUCCCACAGAUGCCUCUGCGGUACAGUUAAUCCGAGCGAUGAAUGUCGCAGAUAAGAUUCACCACACACUAUACCACACCGAGCUCUUUUCUUCGUCCGUUUCAUCAGCACCUCCGCCUCUUGGGCUAAGCAUACGAUGGCUUGAGGCUGAGAUUAAGCAACUCAAAGCUCACAUAUCGAGCGAGUCACCAUACUCUGCCAUUUUACAGCUUCAUUACACAACACUCGAGAUACAUCUUUAUCGAAUUGCCCUCAACACUGACGUCUCCAAAUCCAACUACGGUGAUCACCCUCUCAUGCAACUGGAUCUCCUUUUCCGCUGCCUGGAAGCGACAACCUCCUUUUUCCAAACAAUCCUCUCGCUCCCCUCCGACCUGUUCCCUUUCUUCCCUUUCACCAUGACGUGUCAAUUCGCAAAAGCAAUCGUCGCUCUCUCCCAACUUUCUCUUUAUGAUCACCCCGGAUGGGACCGAGCAUACGUGGAAAGUAUAAUAGACUUCGACCAGACUGUCGAUGGCAUAGCCUCCAAGAUGGAAGUACAACUUCCACUUUUCGAACAGGCUCUUGCAGAUAACAAGUUGACUGAAGUGCCGGAGGUAUUUGGAAGGAUGAAGAAUCGCGCGCAAAUGAUUAAAAAGAUGCAUCGGCGGAGAAAAGAUGCACUCGAACAAAAGUCCUUGUCUACCACUAUCGCCCCGAUGCACUACGAUUUCAUGAUGGAUUCUCCCCUCGAUCUGCUGUUUCCUUUUGGUGAAGUUCCACCGAUGUAUACGCAAUACAUGUAA